AUGUGGAAACCAAGGAACAUUUGCCCUGCAAGAAGUGACUGGACAAUAGCCUGUUUCCUCACUGCCUUCCCCAAGAUGCCUUAUUUUGCCAGACUCUUUUUAUUCCUCUUUUGCCUCGUUCUUCUUGUGGAAAGCAGGAAUCCCAGGAGAAGACACUGGUCUGGACAACUGGAAAUGCCCAGGCUAAGUCACUUAUCUAAGAAGACUCAUGACAUAACUAAAUUACAGAAAGGAAAAACUGAACAACUUCUGAGAGUCGAUGAUCACGAUUUCACCAUGAGGCCAGCUUUUGGAGGCCCCGCAAUUCCUGUUGGCGUGGAUGUGCAGGUGGAAAGCUUGGACAGUAUCUCAGAGGUGGAUAUGGAUUUUACAAUGACUCUCUACCUGAGGCAUUAUUGGAAGGAUGAACGCCUCUCAUUUCCCAGUACCACCAAUAAGAGCAUGACGUUUGAUGGGAGGCUAGUGAAGAAAAUCUGGGUCCCAGAUGUCUUCUUUGUUCAUUCCAAAAGGUCAUUCACUCAUGAUACCACAACGGAUAACAUCAUGCUCAGGGUGUUCCCAGAUGGACACGUUCUUUAUAGCAUGAGGAUUACAGUCACUGCAAUGUGCAACAUGGACUUCAGUCACUUUCCCUUGGAUUCACAGACAUGUUCCUUGGAGCUAGAGAGCUAUGCGUAUACAGAUGAAGAUCUAAUGUUGUACUGGAAAAAUGGGGAUGAAUCCCUGAAAACGGAUGAAAAGAUUUCUCUGUCCCAGUUUCUGAUUCAUAAAUUUCACACAACAUCCAGGCUGGCUUUCUACAGCAGUACAGGGUGGUACAAUCGACUGUACAUUAACUUCACUUUGCGUCGUCACAUCUUCUUCUUCUUGCUCCAAACUUAUUUCCCUGCUACCCUGAUGGUUAUGCUGUCCUGGGUGUCCUUCUGGAUUGAUCACAGAGCUGUGCCUGCCAGAGUUUCACUGGGUAGUACAACAGUCCUCACCAUGUCUACAAUCAUCACUGGCGUUAAUGCCUCCAUGCCCCGAGUCUCCUACAUCAAAGCUGUAGAUAUCUACCUCUGGAUUAGCUUUGUGUUCGUGUUCCUCUCUGUGUUAGAAUAUGCAGCAGUGAACUACUUGACCACUGUCCAGGAGCGGAAAGAGAGGAAGCUUCGAGACAAGGUCCCAUGCCUGUGUGGGAUGCUUCAUUCAAGAACCAUCAUGUUGGAUGGCAAUUAUAGUGAAUCAGAGGCCAACAGUCUAGCAGGCUACACAAGAAGUCAUAUAGUGACUGAUGAAGAAAAACAGGAGAAAAUUGUCGUCCAUUUGGCCCUGAGUGAUGAAUCUAACACAUCCAGAAAGAAGGGACUAAAGGGCCACGUGGGGCUGCGCAUCAUUCAGAACACUCAUGCCAUCGACAAAUACUCCAGAUUGAUAUUUCCAGCCUCCUACAUAUUUUUUAACUUAAUAUACUGGUCUGUCUUUUGCUAG